GGGAGAAAACACAUGAGAUCAUAUGGAUUUGAGAGCUCAUCCCUUCUUUUAAAUUACCACAGAACUCUGCAGAGGUUAUAGCAAAAGAAAAGAACCAGAGUGAAAAAACCAGAAGGAUCAUAAGCUGUGAGAGAGAAAGAGACCGCGAAAAAAUGGUUUCCAAAGAGCAAAAGAGAGCAGCACUGCAUGAGCAGCUGCAACAUCUUCGAUCUCUUACUAACUCUCAUGCUCUAAACGAAAGUUCGAUCGUUAUCGAUGCAUCGAAGUAUAUUGAAAAGUUAAAGCAAAAGGUAGAAAGACUGAAUCAAGAGAUAGCUUCUGCAGAAACUUCAACUGCACACGACCCAUUGCCUAUGGUUACAGUAGAAACCUUGGAAAAGGGAUUUCUUAUAAAUGUUUACUCAGCAAAAGGGUGUUCAGGUCUGCUUGUUUCCAUAUUGGAGGUCUUUGAAGAGAUGAGACUAACUGUGCUCGAAGCUAGGGUUUCGUGUACAGACACUUUUCGAUUUCAAGCUGUUGGAGAAAAUGAAGAAGAAAGAGACACCAUUGAUGCACAUACUGUCAAAGAAGCUGUAGGACAAGCAAUAAAGAACUGGAGCAAAGGUGGCGAUGAAGAGUAAAUCAGUAAUUUGCAUUUUUCAUCUUUUUUUCAUUUUCUUUCAUGGUGGCUAGAUGGUAAUUUGUUCCUUAUGGAAUUGAUUUAGCUUCCAAUUUUUAAGAAAAUAUGUCAGCGUGUCUAAGAUACAUAUGAAGAUAAUGAAGAAGAGUAGUUGAUGAUUGA